AUGAAUAUUUUUACAACCACUUUAGCUAAAGAUAAUAUUCAACCUUAUUAUCAUCAUAAUAGACGACCAAUUUUUAUUGACUUCAAUCCAUUAUUUCCAUUGAAUACAAGAUUGAAUAAUGGUGGUGACAAUUUUGUUUAUCAUAAUUUGAAAAAAAAUUCUCGUUUUCCAAUCGCCAUAAUACAACAUUUUCCAUUAUUCAAUGAUUUUAAUUUGAAACGUCAACAUGAUCAACACCACUAUUACCACACCCCUCAUCGAUUUAAUGAUCAUCGAGGAAAUUUUCCAAUCUUCGAUAAUGGAUGGUCAAAUGGUUAUGGUCGACCUGUAUUGACUAAAACCAUUGGUGAAAUGAAAAAAAUUCAAUUGGAUGAACAUCAAAAUAAUAAUGUACAAUGGAAUAGUAAUGAUGUUCCUGUGAUGUCUCAAGACCGUCAUCAUAAUAGUCUUAAUAAAAAUGAUCAUUUUUCUAUUACUGACAAUAAGGAUUUUGAAAAGAAUGGCAAAUAUUCAGGAAAAAUAAAUAAACCAUCCAAUUUAAUUCAAAUCGAACACCAAAAAACACAGUCUAUGAUGCAGAAAACCUUACCAUCGCUAAUUACAGAUAAGAAAUUUAUGUCAAACAUAAAAAAUGGACAGAAUUUUAUUGACAACAAUAUUUAUGUGAAUAGCCGAAAUAAUGAUUCGGAUAAUAGAAAUUAUAAUGAAAAUCUGGACAACAUUCCAGAUGAACUCAAUCAUUCGAAAAACAAUUCCAAUUAA